AUGGCUCAACGUCAACAACGCGCCGCACCAUUUGUGUUUACACCACAACUCGAACUCGAUCUGAAACGUGGCAUUUAUCGCCAUAACAGCCAUAGCAAGAAAUGGACAAGAAUCAUCGCUGACGACGAUUUCCGAUUUCCACCGAAUACCAAAACGGAGGUGCUACGUAAAAAAUGGCGUCGGAUGCGCAAGGAUGAUCCAAAACUCUCAAUUCUUUUGAGUGGACCAUCUCGCUUGGCGGAUGAAAUGCUAGGUGUUUCUCUUGUGGCUCCCGACGGCGUUACUCCUCCUCCCAACGGCUUUCCUCUUGUGGAACCCGUCGGUGUUCCUCCUCCUCCCGACGGCAUUCGUCCUACUCCUCCUGACGGCAGUCCUCUUACGGCUCCCGACGGGGUUCCUCCUCCUCCUCCUCCCAAUGAUAUUCCUCUGGUGGCUUCCGAUGAUCUUCAUCUCAGAACCCUAAUGGCUCAACGUCAACACCGCGCCGCACCAUUUGUGUUUACUACGCAACUCGAACUCGAUCUGAAACAUGGCCAAAAAUGGCGUCGGAUGCGCAAGGAUGAUCCAAAACUCUCCAUUCUUUUGAGUGGACCAUCUCGUUUGGCGGAUGAAACGCUAGGGUUGGGAGGCACUCCCGGCGGUGUUCCUCUUGCGGCUCUCGAAGGUGUUUCUCUUGUGGCUCCCGACGACGUUCCUCUUGCUGCUCCUGUCAGUGUUUCUCUUGCGGCUCGCAACGGCGUUACUCCUCCUCCCAACGGCUUUGCUCUUGUGGCUCCCGUCGGUGUUCCUCCUCCUCCCGACGUUAUUCGUCCUCCUCCUCCCGACGGCAGUCCUCUUAAGGCCCCCCACGGGGUUCCUCUUCCUCCUCCUCCCAAUGAUCUUCCUCUUGUGGCUUCCGAUGAUCUUCAUCUCAGUGUUUCUCUUGCGGCUCCCGACGUCGUUACUCCUCCUCCCAACGAAUUUCCUCUUGUGGCUCCCGUCGGUGUUCCUCCUCCUCCCGAAGACAUUCGUCCUCCUCCUCCCGACGGCAAUCCUCUUACGGAUCCUGACGGGCAAAAAUGGGGUCGGAUGCGCAAGGAUGAUCCAAAACUCUCCAUUCUGUUGAGUGGAUCAUCUCGCUUGGCGGAUGAAAUGCUAGGGUUGGGAGGCACUCCCGGCGGUGUUCCUCUUACGGCUCUCGAAGGUGUUUCUCUUGUGGCUUCCGACGGUGUUCCUCUUGCUGCUCUCGAAGGUGUUUCACUUGUGGCUCCGGACGGCGUUCCUCUUGCUGCUCCUGUCAGUGUUUCUCUUGCGGCUCCCGACGUCGUUACUCCUCCUCCCAACGGAUUUCCUCUUGUAGCUCCCGUCGGUGUUCCUCCUCCUCCCGAAGACAUUCGUCCUCCUCCUCCCGACGACAAUCCUCUUACGGCUCCUGAUGGGCAAAAAUGGGGUCGGAUGCGCAAGGAUGAUCCAAAACUCUCCAUUCUGUUGAGUGGACCAUCUCGCUUGGCGAAUGAAAUGCUAAGUGUUUCUCUUGCGGCUCCCGACGUCGUUACUCCUCCUCCCAACGGAUUUCCUCUUGUGGCUCCCGUCGGUGUUCCUCCUCCUCCCGAAGACAUUCGUCCUCCUCCUCCCGACGGCAAUCCUCUUACGGAUCCCGACGGGCAAAAAUGGGGUCGGAUGCGCAAGGAUGAUCCAAAACUCUCCAUUCUGUUGAGUGGACCAUCUCGCUUGGCGAAUGAAACGCUAGGGUUGGGAGGCAUUCCUGGCGGUGCUCCUCUUGCGGCUCUCGAAGGUGUUUCUCUUCGAAAAUGGCGUCGGAUGCGCAAGGAUGAUCCAAAACUCUCCAUUCUUUUGAGUGGACCAUCUCGCUUGGCGGAUGAAAUGCUAGGGUUGGGAGGCACUCCCGGCGGUGUUCCUCUUACGGCUCUCGAACAAAAAUGGGGUCGGAUGCGCAAGGAUGAUCCAAAACUCUCCAUUCUGUUGAGUGGAUCAUCUCGCUUGGCGGAUGAAAUGCUAGGGUUGGGAGGCACUCCCGGCGGUGUUCCUCUUACGGCUCUCGAAGGUGUUUCUCUUGUGGCUUCCGACGGUGUUCCUCUUGCUGCUCUCGAAGCUCCCGUCGGUGUUCCUCCUCCUCCCGAAGACAUUCGUCCUCCUCCUCCCGACGACAAUCCUCUUACGGCUCCUGAUGGGGUUCCUCCUCCUCCUCCUCCCAAUGAUCUUCCUCUUGUGGCUUCCGAAGAUCUUCAUCUCAGUGUUUCUCUUGCGGCUCCCGACGUCGUUACUCCUCCUCCCAACGGAUUUCCUCUUGUGGCUCCCGUCGGUGUUCCUCCUCCUCCCGAAGACAUUCGUCCUCCUCCUCCCGACGGCAAUCCUCUUACGGAUCCCGACGGUGUUUCUCUUGCGGCUCUCGACGUCGUUACUCCUCCUCCCAGCGGAUUUCCUCUUGUGGCUCCCGUCGGUGUUCCUCCUCCUUCCGAAGACAUUCGUCCUCCUCCUCCCGACGGCAAUCCUCUUACGGCUCCCGACGGGCGAAAAUGGCGUCGGAUGCGCAAGGAUGAUCCAAAACUCUCCAUUCUUUUGAGUGGACCAUCUCGCUUGGCGGAUGAAAUGCUAGGGUUGGGAGGCACUCCCGGCGGUGUUCCUCUUACGGCUCUCGAACAAAAAUGGGGUCGGAUGCGCAAGGAUGAUCCAAAACUCUCCAUUCUGUUGAGUGGACCAUCUCGCUUGGUGGAUGAAAUGCUAGGGUUGGGAGGCAUUCCCGGUGGUGUUCCUCUUGCGGCUCUCGAAGGUGUUUCUCUUGUGGCUCCCGACGGUGUUCCUCUUGCUGCUCAUGAAAUUGUUUCUCUUGUGGCUCCCGACGGCGUUCCUCUUGCUGCUCCUGUCAGUGUUUCUCUUGCGGCUCCCGACGUCGUUACUCCUCCUCCCAACGGAUUUCCUCUUGUAGCUCCCGUCGGUGUUCCUCCUCCUCCCGAAGACAUUCGUCCUCCUCCUCCCGACGACAAUCCUCUUACGGCUCCUGAUGGGUUCCUCCUCCUCCUCCCCCAAUGA